AUGUCCGACGAUCGGAUUAAUCACCUUAAGGCGGAAAUCAGUAACCUCUCUGCCUCCCAAGAACGCGGUCAUCUCGAAAUUCAAGAAAUGUUUGCGGCCUUACAUGCCCGCUUCGACCAACUUACGGCCUCUAGAAAAGAUGAUCAAGGUGAAACUUCCACUGGCCAUUCUUUUGGUCAGAACAGGCCCUCCGAAAACCGCUCGAUUAUGCCACGACUCACCAAAUUGGACUUUCCUAGGUAUGAUGGCAGCAACGACCCUACGAGUUGGAUUUUCCGUUCGGAACAGUUCUUUGAAUUCCAACAAAUCCAAGCCAACGACCAAGUGACCCUCGCAGCAUACCAUUUAGAUGGCGAUGCACAACUUUGGUAUCAAAUUGCCAAGAAGGAGGAACGAAUUUAUACGUGGACCACACUUAAAGCCGAGCUCCAAGCUCGCUUCGGCCCUACACAGUUUGAGGAUUUUUUUGGCGAUCUUACCAAACUACAACAACGAGGAAGUGUUCGUGAGUAUCAAACUCAGUUUGAAAGAUUAUUAACCCGAGCAGGUUCUCUUACACCACAGCAGCAAAUUGGGUGCUUUACCAGUGGACUUAAGGAGUCCAUUCGAGUGGAGGUGCAGGCCUCUCGGCCUCCCUCUCUAUCUGCUGCCGUCGGCCUUGCUAGGCUUUAUGAAGCAAGGGUCAUGGCCGCCAACCGAAGGCCAUCCAACUUGAAUCAACCACCUUUGUUUGUCAAUAAGGGCCAAGAACACAGCACAAUAUCCACGUCCCCUAUUCCGCAAAUUCGGAGGUUCUCACCAACAGAAAUCGAGGAACGCGAGCAGAAAGGGUUGUGUUUCCAUUGUAACGACAAGUACGGACCCCGUCAUGUAUGCAAGAAAUUGUUUAUCAUGGAGGCUUGCUGGCCUGAUGAAGAUAUGGAUGUGGAACCUGACGAGCACUCUAACGAGCAUCCAAAUGAAAGCGAACACCAUGAGGACCCACCAGCCAUCUCUCUUCAUGCCAUGUCUGGCAUUCAUGCUCCUCAAACCAUGCGGGUCUUGGGAAAGAUUCUUAACCAUUUAGCCACAGUCCUCGUGGACUCCGGAAGCACGCACAAUUUUCUUAAGGAAGAGUUAGCGACAAAAGUGGGUUUAAAACCCGACUUGUGUGGCAGGUUGGAGGUCCAAGUUGCGAGCGGCGAAAGGUUGUCUAGCGCCGGAAAAUGCAGGGAGGUGCCCAUAAGUCUUCAAGGAGUCCCACUCACUGUGGACUUCUACCUAUUGCCCUUAGAGGGUUAUGAGUUGGUCUUGGGUACACAAUGGCUGCAGACGUUGGGCCCAAUUUUGUGGGAUUUUUCAAAGCUCCAGAUGCAGUUCGAACUAGGAGAAAAAAAGGUAUUCUUGCAGGGGCUAUCUAAUCCUAGUCCUAAAUUUGUAAAUGAGACAAAUAUACAUCGAGAGUAUCGCCGGCGUAAGGAAUGUCUGGUCCUCCAAUUGCAUGCCAUGAAUAGAGCGCUGCCAACCACUCAGUCCACUACUCCUGAUCCACGCAUUCAGUCUCUUUUGAAGGCAUUCCCUGAUAUUUUUGAAAAACCCAUCGAUCUACCUCCACAAAGAAGCCAAGACCACAGCAUACCUCUAUUACCGGGUAGUGCACCAGUUAAUGUUCGACCGUAUCGAUACCCGCAUUUCCAAAAAAAUGAGAUUGAAAAAUUGAUUAGAGAGAUGUUGUCAACAGGAAUUAUCCGCGCCAGCAAUAGUCCGUACUCUUCCCCGGUCAUAUUGGUGAAGAAACACGAUGGAUCAUGGCGCAUGUGCAUUGAUUAUCGCGCCUUAAACAAAAUCACAAUCAAAGAUAAAUUUCCCAUUCCCGUGAUCGAUGAGUUACUAGACGAGCUCCACGGUUCUCAAUUUUUCACCAAACUCGAUCUGCGGUCAGGAUAUCACCAGAUCCGGGUCCGCCAGGAAGACGUGCAAAAAACAGCAUUUCGUACUCAUUAA